AUGGCUUCAACUUCAGGUGAUCCCCAGCCACCAAAGAUGAGUUUGCUGUACCAUAUGGAGGUACAGCUAGGCGAGCGAUUUUCUCUCGGCCCCGUACCGAACGGCCAAGAGCGCAUUGUGAUCCCGAUCGUUGGUGGCACCUUCAAGGGGCCGAAGCUUUCCGGCAAAGUCCUCAAUCUCGGCGCAGACUGGCGUCUUACCGAUGUGGACGGCAAGAUCCGGCCCGACGCGCGAUACAACAUUCAGACCGACGACGGCACAUGGAUCUAUGUCCAAACAGAGGGCCCAACGCAGUCAAACGGCAGAACGCUGCUGCGGGGCAAGUUUGAGACUGCAACGAACGGGACCUACGACUGGUUGAAUGAUGUUGUAGCCGUGGGCGUGCUGACCAGGAGCGGAACUGAAGGCGUGACUAUCGAUAUGUGGGAGGCAAGUGCGCCAUGA